GGAUUGCCCCAAUAACAGGCGUGAUUGCAUUUUCCGUCACGUGCUUGUGCUGCUAUCGUGCAGCGGCAUCUUGAUCGACGGUCGAUGGAGGUAGCAUCGUAGAAUGGGUGGAGGUUUCUACUCUUCGCCUGCACAAUCGCCAUGGCCAGCCUCGUCCCGGCAUGUCAAGCGCAAGGAGCGAAUACAGAUGCGGUCAUAGUCGCUGCUGGAUAGCUGGACAGGCAGAGAGCCAGAUAGGUGGUUGCAGCCGGAUGACCAUCCAGCUAUCGCAGUUGUUGUGUUCAAGGUCUAGGUGGCUAUCUCUAGGCUGUAAUCUCAGCUGAAGGAAGGGAAGAAUGAUGAGGAACACGAUGAGUAUGCCCUCGCCAUCCCAACUGACCCAUCCCCAUCGGCCGUCUUCCGUGUCUGAGGAGGGCUUGUUCUCCAUGCUGGCAGAAGACUUGACAGUGGUUGAGGACAAGCAAGCAGAGACACUGAAAGCAAUAAAGGAUGAAUUGUUUGCAGAGCUGCGGAAGGAAGAGAAGAAGCUUGACUGUGAUGCAUGGAUGUAUGGCACUCCUCGUAGUCGGAUUUGAUUCUCUCACAUGGCAAGAUUGGAUUUCCCGAAUGUAGCUCUCUCGUUUCUUCAACUUUCUUGUACUUGCACUGUUUUCUUUCAAAGUGCUAUGCACUGUACACAGCGCAUGUCAUGCCAUGUAGACCUGGUGAUUUCAGAUAGCUGUAUGGUAUCUCUGAAUGGCGGGUUCGUUCGUCGGGCUUGGCAGUUCCCCGGGCCCAGCAGUUUGUUGCCCGAAUGUUGCUGCAUUUCACACUUGUCUUUGUGAAUGCUAUGUGUGCAUUAUCGCAACUGUUUCCAGAGGAUUUCAUAGUCACUCCCAUGGAAGUCGCUGCAUUUGAUGGACACGUAGCUUCUCUUUGUAAAUGCGGUGUGUGUGUGUGUGUGUGUGUGUGUGUGCAACUGAGCGUCCAGAGAAUUUCCUAAGCGACCCAUUGUGCAAG